GCGCGCAUGCUCAGGCAAGCGCUCGUCUUCUUGAUACCACGCAUGCUCAGUGCCCGCUCCUUGCCCAGGACGCACUGAGGCUCUUGUUGCUGGAAAUUCACAUUCACAGCGGAUCACUCCUAGUCAGUCCCUGCUUUCAAAUUUCUUAGCAGUGCAGUCAAGGAUGUACCUUUACCCACAAAUUGUCUUUAUCGCCUUGCUCUCCAGCCUGAGUUUAACCCGGGCCUUGUAUUUCCACAUCGGGGAGACGGAGAAAAAAUGCUUUAUAGAGGAGAUUCCUGACGAAACGAUGGUUAUCGGUAAAUACCGCACUCAGCUCUGGGAUAAACAGACUGCAGCCUUUCUGCCAUCGACACCUGGCCUAGGGAUGCACGUGGAAGUCAAGGAUCCUGACACCAAGGUGGUCCUGUCCAGACAGUAUGGCGCAGAGGGGCGCUUCACCUUCACGUCGCACACCCCUGGAGAACACCAGAUCUGCCUGCACUCCAACUCCUCCAAGAUGGCACUCUUUACUGGGGGGAAGCUAAGAGUUCACCUGGAUAUCCAGGUGGGUGAGCACACCAACAACUACCCAGAGAUCGCAGCCAAGGACAAGCUGACCGAGCUGCAGCUGCGUGUGAGACAGCUCCUGGACCAGGUGGAGCAGAUCCAGAAAGAGCAGAACUACCAGCGGUACCGUGAGGAGCGUUUCCGCAUGACCAGCGAGAGCACCAACCAGCGGGUACUGUGGUGGUCCAUCACCCAGACCGUCAUCCUCCUCAUCACCGGCAUCUGGCAGAUGAGACACCUCAAGAGAUUCUUCGAGGCCAAGAAACUGGUGUAACCUGCAAACGGGAUGAGGAAGAGGGCAGAGAUAUGCAGAAGUGUCAGAUUUCACACAGGAAAUAUUGUCUUUCUAAAGAAUUGUAGGGUUGAGCUGAGUAACAAUUCUCUGGUAAGGUACACAGUGUUACCUUAAAAGGGGAGUUGAUUUUAGCCUCAGUAUCUUAAUUUGGGUUUGGCAUUUGGAUCAACAUUUGUUUAUUUAUUUAUUUAUUUUAUAUACAAAAGACCACUUUUACCCUGUUUUACCUUUUGAGUGCUCUGUCAGUCUGGCCCCUGGCGGAUACAGCAGCGAUCUGUUCAGAUAUGUGUAACUGGAGCAGCUGAAUUAUCCUACUUUUGGAUAUCCCAGCUUCUGGUUGUUUCUAAUGCAUUCACAGUGACAGUGUUCAAGAUCACUGAAGCUAUGUAGGUUAACUAAAAUGCCUGUGAAGUAACUCAUUGAGAAUGAUGCACUCACACCUGGUAUUGGUCCGGACUGGUCAGUGCAAGAAGUCUAAGCCCCUAGAAGAUUUGAAAUACCAGGUUUCAGUGGCUGCCAUUUGGAUACAGCACUGCCCUGUAUUAUUAUUAUUAUUAUUAUUAUUUAUUUCUUAGCAGACGCCCUUAUCCAGGGCGACUUACAAUGGUUACAAGAUAUCACAUUAUUUUUACAUACAAUUACCCAUUUAUACAGUUGGGUUUUUUACUGGAGCAAUCUAGGUAAAGUACCUUGCUCAAGGGUACAGCAGCAGUGUCCCCACCGGGGAUUGAACCCACGACCCUCCGGUCAAGAGUCCAGAGCCCUAACCACUACUCCACACUGCUGUAUGAGUUUGUUCACAAUUUUGUAUAUCUUUGUGGAUUUAAAAAAAAGUCUGUUUGCUGCCCAGGGACAGUCAUGCACUAAUGCUUUGUUCUAAACUGUGAAAAUACUGAGCAGUACAGCCUGUAUCUUUCACACAUAAUACUGUGGGUGUGUUAAGAAUUCUUCCGCUUGCUUAUCACAAUGGAAUCUGCUGCGUAGCUCUGAGUAGCUCAGGGGGAGUGGAUCUGAGCAUGUGGUCUCUUUCCCUGAGCUGCUCAGAGCCACUCACCUACUUAACACACCCACUGUCAGUAUAUAUAUGGGCAGAUAAAUGAAAAAUGGGACAAGAUUAAAACUGGGGGUGGGAUUGUGGUAAUACAAGAUGAAAUCGUUCCUGGGGGUGGGAUUGUAGUCAUGUUUUUUUUUUUUUUUUAUAUACCACUGUUUGUUUGUUGUGGGAAGGGUGUCAUUGAAGUUGAUCUUUACCUGUGGCCUGUAGCAGAUUUCCCAGUGCUGUUUAUGAUCUAUUGCUCUAAUAUUGAGAUCAUUUGUGCCCCAUACUGUGCUUUAGAUGCUUUCAGAUCGCUACUGCUGUGGAGUGCUACCUGUACAGUGUCUUUGAUAUUAAUUUUGUCCUUUUAGCUUUAUGUGCUCUGUACCAAUAUUAUGCUCUAUAAAAUACCCUGCUGUGAUAUACUAUAGAGCAGAUGGAGCCAACAGAGUUGACAGCUGGCUUUCUGGAAUGAGGAAAUGGAAGACAAACCCUGGGCCCUCGGCAUUUAAUAACAGAUGCAGUUACAGAAAAAAUGACAAAACAUAAUCUUGGAGAAAAAGCCAGUAAAUGGGACACAAUGAAUAAUUACAAUUAAUGUACAAUGGGAAGGAAGAAGAAAUUGAAGUAAUUUCCCAAUACUCAAACCCCAGCUCUGUUUAAGGGUAGGUAGGCUCCUACACAAGAUAGCUCUUUAAAUAAGCAGACUCUUCUAGACUAACCACAUCAGAAUGUGUUCAGUCCUCCAUAGAAAAUGGGUGACCCAAUGAGAAAUGAGAGAGUUUGUGGCACAGCUCAUUACAAGAAGAUUAUACAGGAGAAAAUGUUGUGAGGUUUUUCUUUUCCUUUUUUGGUGGAUUCACAUGCAGCUCCACCUCCCCUAAUACCUCUCUUUGGAACAGUCUAGUUCAAUGUGUAUGAAAUGUUGUUGUGUUGUUAUUUGUUAUGGAUUAUCCGUUUGUUAGGGUUGAACGGGUGCUGUAAGAAACUUACCACUGCUAAAAAGAAAAAUAUGUAAUUUGUGUAAAAUACUGUUUUCAUCUGGGUGAUGGUGGAACCAGGUUUUGGAUUUCCAAGUUGAAUAUGUCUUUAAAUGUGCUCUGCCUUUUAGUAAUAAUAUUAUUAAUGAAAUAUAGCACCUUUAAACAUAACUGCUCCCAAGGCAUUUCAGCUGUGCACAUAAGCAGGUAUAUUAAAAUGUGAUAUAUAUUAACAAGUGAGUCUAGGUUUCCUGGAUAUUAUUUGAAAUACUACUGAGCUGCAAAAAUAUUUGGAAUAGCCCACAGCCAUGACCAUCUUUUUUCUGUAAUAUUCAGAAUAAAAGCAUAAUGCAGUUCACAUGUGAAUGUGGGGAGUGCAGUGAUUGGAGCCCCUGUUGCGCUACUGCAACUGAAGGAGUUUGUGUUUGUUUUUCCUGCUCUCUUCUUGGGAGGAAUCUCAGAUCCAUCAACACCCAGUUAUCCCAAACCUUUCUAUUUAAUUUGUUUGUAUUAGUAAAUAAAGAUAAGAAUUGAUUUA